GAACGAAAACAACGCUCUUUUCCGGUGUCUGGGCGCAGUUGAAGAAGCCACUGAGGGUCGAGGAGUCGUUUGAGAGGAUGACGCGCCACGGCAAGAACUGCACCGCGGGGGCCGUCUACACCUACCACGAGAAGAAGAAGGACACAGCGGCCUCGGGCUAUGGGACCCAGAACAUUCGCCUAAGCCGGGAUGCCGUCAAGGACUUUGACUGCUGCUGCCUGUCUCUGCAGCCCUGCCACGACCCGGUUGUCACGCCAGAUGGCUACCUGUAUGAGCGCGAGGCCAUCCUGGAGUACAUUUUGCACCAGAAGAAGGAGAUUGCCCGGCAGAUGAAGGCCUAUGAGAAGCAGCGGGGUGCCCGGAGGGAGGAACAGAAAGAGCUGCAGCGAGCAGCCGCGCAGGACCAGGUGCGGGGCUUCCUGGAGAAAGAGGCGGCCAUUGUGAGCCGGCCCCUCAACCCCUUCACGCCCAAGGCGGCCUCUGGGAACAGCUCAGAGGAUGCCAGCUCCAGGCCCAGCACGGGCCCCGGCGGCACUGGCUUUGCGGGCUCUGGCGUCAAGCUGCAGGCAGAGAAGUCGCGGCCAGUGAUGCAGGCAUGA